AUGGAAGCUGAUUUGGGUAGAACAGAACUUUAUUCUGUUCUUUCUUGUUUACAUCAAGGAUCACCUAAAAACAAUCAUUCACGUCAAUUAUCUAUUUUGACUGAUGGUGAAAUCGAUGAUGUUGAUAAAGUACUUCGUCUAUGUCAUACAAUGUCAAAUACAGCACGAAUUUUUUCAUUUGGUCUUGGUUCAGCGCCAAGUCGUUCUUUAGUUAAAGGUUUAGCACGAGUUACUAAUGGUUCAUAUCUUUUUAUUCCAUCAAAUACUCAUGUUGAUGUAGCUAUUGCAUGA